AUCGCAUCACACCAUAACUGUCUUCUUCUCCUCUUUUUUAGAGUGAGAAACCUCAUUUAGAGAGAGAAACAAGACAGCCCAGAACUCAAAACUGUACUAAAAAGGUGAUUUUAUUACAACCAAGGGUGUUCCAUUAGUCCUACCAAGAUUUUCACUUUUGUGUCUGAUCAAUGUAGUACUUUUUGUUGGGUUUCACAAAGGUGAGAACUUUAUGUGUUUCUUGAUGUGGGCUUGCUGAUUCUUUCACAAGAAGUGUACUUUUUGUGUGGAUAUGUAUGUUCUUGGGGUUUGAUCUAGUAAAGGGCUGGAGAGAUUUUUGUGUGGUUUGGUGAGGAGGGAGAUUUUAAGGGAAAAAUUGUGUUUGGUUUGAUUGAUUUCAAGGUGUUUAGAGAUUAAAUUUGGUGUUAGUUGUGUAGUUAGUUGAAAAUGGAUCAAUAUGAGAUUAUGGAGCAGAUUGGAAGAGGGGCAUUUGGUGCUGCUAUUCUUGUUAAUCACAGGGUGGAAAAGAAGAAGUAUGUGCUCAAGAAGAUUCGUCUUGCUCGACAGACUGAACGGUGCAGGAGAUCUGCUCACCAGGAGAUGGCUUUAAUUGCACGGAUUCAACAUCCAUACAUUGUUGAGUUCAAGGAGGCAUGGGUGGAAAAGGGAUGCUAUGUCUGCAUUGUAACUGGUUAUUGUGAAGGCGGAGACAUUGCUGAGUUGAUGAAAAAAAUGAAUGGGCAAUACUUUCCAGAAGAGGUAAUCUGCAAGUGGUUCACUCAGAUACUUCUGGCAGUCGAAUAUCUGCACUCGAAUUAUGUACUUCACCGUGACUUAAAAUGUUCUAAUAUCUUUCUCACCAAAGACAAAGAUGUUCGCCUUGGGGAUUUUGGACUUGCUAAGACUUUGAAGGCAGAUGACUUAACUUCAUCGGUUGUUGGAACUCCAAAUUACAUGUGUCCAGAACUUCUCGCAGACAUUCCUUAUGGGUUUAAAUCUGAUAUCUGGUCUCUAGGCUGCUGUAUGUAUGAGAUGGCUGCUCAUCGCCCUGCUUUCAAAGCUUUCGACAUGGCAGGACUAAUAAGUAAGAUAAACCGAUCCUCCAUUGGUCCUCUGCCUCCUUGUUACUCCCCAUCUUUGAAAACUCUUAUUAAAAGCAUGCUGAGAAAAAAUCCUGAACAUCGACCUAAUGCAACAGAAAUCCUGAAGCAUGCAUACCUGCAGCCGUAUGUUGAACAGUACCGUCAGUCACCCAUUUCUCCUGGAAAAGCUCUCACUCCUACUCGUGAUGUCCGAAAGAAUAUGGCUGAAAGCCAAAGUAGUAAUAGUUCUUGCAGUGAUAGGGAUAGUUUAGUGUCUAGUGAGAAAAUUGUGCGACCCACGGCUUGCAGUUGUGACAAAAAAACCAGUGACACCGAUUUGGCUUCUGUCGAUGAGGAAGUUGGCUCUCAGCCACAUGUAGAAAAUGAUGAGCAUACAAGUGACAGGUGCACUGUAAGAUUGGAUGUUCAGCAAGUGAAGAAACCUCUUAAAGAUGAACAUAGAUCAAAUAUCGAAGUAAAGCAACCAAAAACCAUAAAAAAUAUUAUGACGGCUUUGAAAGAAGGAAAAGUCAGAGAAAAUAGUUCACCUAUGAGAAAUCGUAGCCAGAGAACAACUAAGAUGGAUGAUUUACCUAGAGUUGCCAAAUUGGCGGCUGUUACUCCUAGUUCGAAGGUUACUCCAAAUGCAUCACCACCGGCACCAGCAAAAACUAGCUCUGAUUCAAUGAAACAGAUGCAGGGAGUAAAUCCUUUGAAGCAUCAGUUACCAGCUUCUGACUCCACCCCAAAGACUAAACCUAAAUUUGAAGUAAUCACUCCAACUGGUCCUCCAAGAUUAAAAACCCCUCCUAGUCUGGCCCGACAAUCAUCAUUUAUGGGUCGGAUGAGACAACUAGGGGUUGGUGCUCCAGUUUUAGCGACUAACAAUGUGAAGCUCGGACCAAGCGAGACAACUCAGAAUCAUGAAACUGUGACACCUGAUAAUGUAUCUAGUGCACACCUUUCACAUGUAUCAGGAGAGAUUGUAUGCAAUCCUCAAACUCCUGUGCUGGAACCGUCCGCAGGAAUGAAGACAGAGAGUAGCAAUUCAAUAUCAUCUUCAGCGUCAAUUCAAGGUUUUGAUAUCUGUGAUGACGCGACGAAUCCCAUCAACAAUUCAACAGAGGUAGUCCGUCCCAAUUUUGAGCAAGUGUCCCAGGCUGAAAGUUUUGGGUCUUUUCAACCCAGUGUCUCAGCAGUUUCAUCCUUACAUUCUGAGAUGCCUGGAGUUAAUUCUAGGGAAACAAAUGGACUCGGUGACAGAUCUUUGUUGUGUUCAGGGAGCACCAGUGAGUUGCACUUUGAUUUUGAAAGUGCGAAUUAUGUUCCUCAUAAUGAAAACUUGAGCACGAGUUCUGCUCUACAGGUCCAGUUUCCAAGAUCUACAGAUAUACAUGCACAGAGAGAUGGCGUCUUGACAUGUAAGCCUAGUAGUACAACUGAUCAAGUGCUCCAAUCACAACAAACUUGUAAAAUAGACGGUGAUGAUAAAUUUACAGUUAAAGAACUUGUGUCAUCAGCAGCAGAUACAACCACUGUUACUGCCCCCUCUGUUACAACUAUCCCAAAUGGCCACAAUGGUGAGAAGGGAAUCAUUUUGAGAAAUCCAACAAUUGAGAAGCACACAACCUCACAGUUUCCACCAGCUUUUGAUGACAUCAUUCAUGUUAUACGACACAGUAGUUACCGUGUGGGGAGUGAUCAACCUGUGAUGGAAACUGUUGACAGAAGUGUAGACUCUGGGAAACAAAUUAAUAUAGCAAGGGAUGAGGCAGAAACAAGAAAUCCUCCCACUCCACUUGCAAAAUCAUGUAAUAGCUCGGAGAUCAUGACACCCAAGUCAGACCUUUCUGAUGAUUUGACUUUUAAGGAAGCAGAUUCGAGGAUUACAGCCUCAAAUGUACAAAUAUCAGAUUCUUCAGAGCCUGAGAAGACCAACACCCCCACCACUGUAGCUCGGGUAGAGACACCAGGGAAGGAGAUAUUAGAUGUCAAUUCUUCGAGCCAGAGAGCAGAGGCACUUGAGGGAUUACUGGAGUUAUCGGCUGACUUGCUUCAACAAAACAGGUUGGAAGAGCUCGCCAUUGUUCUGAAACCCUUUGGAAAAGUUAAAGCUGAUCCGAGGGAAACAGCUAUCUGGCUUGCAAGAAGUUUGAAAGGGAUGAUGCUUCAAGAUUUGGGAGGAAAUCCAUGAUCGUCAUCAUGCUGGUAAGCAGGAUAUAUCUUUUCCGAGUUAAUUGAAGGUGCUUUAAUACUUUCAGUGUCUUUGUUCUCAUACAUAUGAGCUACACUCGAACUUAAGCAGACUGUGAAGUGACCUUCCUUUUUUUUUUUUUCUUCUUUUUUUUCCUUUUCUGGUUAAUCUUUGUUCUGUAAAACUCCAGGUGGACGGUGCUGUGUAUAGUGACCUUACAAAUGCUAAAAAACGAAAAUGAAAUUGUAUUACAAAUAAAUUUAUGGAUAGUUCCCAGUA